AAGAUAUGUUUUUCACUAAUUAAGUAGAUACAAAAAUGAAGUUCAAGAAGAAGAGCUGCGAGCCAAUCAAAGUCUUACUUCUUCUAAUCAUCACCACUUUAAGCUCGACUGCAUUUGCCGAUACAAAGGUAUACAUAGUUCGACUUAGCUUUUUCGAGGAGUAUAAUAAUAAGUUGCAGUCAAAUGAAGAUCAUUAUCUUUCUUAUCUGCUACCGAUCAAGGGAUCGUUGGAGAAAGCUAAGGCCAGCUUCAUUUACGUUUAUACCAACGUCCUGUAUGGCUUUGCAGCCAUCCUCAGCCCUGUCGAAGCACUUUUAAUAUCAGAAAUGUAUGGUGUGAUUUCAGUGGUGGAGAGCAAGUCGAACGAGCUCCAGACCUCAAGAUCAUGGGAUUUCAUUACAUCAUAUGAAAGUCUAAUGAAUUCCUUACAAGAAGACGACGAUGAAUUAGAGGAGCUGAUGCGCAGAGCCAAUAACGUUAUGGAUGUUGUUGUUGGGGUUUUGGAUUCUGGGAUAUGGCCUGAAUCUCAGAGUUUUAAUGACAAUGGGAUGGCUCCUGUUCCUGAAACGUGGAAAGGGAUUUGUCAAGUUGGAGCCAAGUUUCCGAGUAACACCUGCAACAGAAAACUGAUCGGAGCUCGAUACUUUGUGGCGGCUUUUGAGGCCAUGUAUGGCCCAGUGGAUCCACAAGUGGAGUACCGAUCGGCCAGGGACAAGAAUGGUCACGGCACGCACGUUGCGUCGACCGUCGGCGGUCGGGUAAUAGACAAUGCUGCGGCAGUCGGCGGUUUCGGAUUAGGCAGGGUUCGCGGCGGUGUCCCCGACGUCCGCCUAGCCGUAUACAAAAUUUGUUGGGUGAAACGCGACGGCUCCACUGUAUGCGAAGAUGCCGACAUGCUUGCAGCGUUCGAAGCCGCCAUCAACGAUGGAGUCGAUGUGAUCAAUCUUUCCCAUGGAGGAAUGGAUAAGCCGUACACGCAGGAUGCCAACGCCAUUGGAUCGCUGCAGGCGGCAAAGUUCGACAUUGCCGUAGCUGCUGCAGCUGGAAAUGCUGGUCCGGCUGCCGGCACCGUGGCGAAUGUCGCCCCGUGGAUGAUCACCGUCGCGGCUAGCAGCAUCGACAGGGUUUUCCAAUCUGAGUUCCUUCUCGGAAAUGGUUUCAAAUAUCAGGGACAAUCGAUUACGCCAGUUUACGUUACCGGAACAUACGAACUUGUUUAUGCCGGAUACAUAGAAAUUCCGGGCAGCACGACAAUCGUGACCUCCGGGCAAUGUCGUCCCGGGACGUUAUCAGAGGAGGCAAGAGGACGGGUGGUUGUUUGUUUUAGGGGAAUGGAGAAUCCUAGACCUGUAGAGCCUGUGAGUCACACAGAGCAGGCAUUGGAAGUGCGACGAGCAGGGGGUGUAGCAGCAUUGCUUCAUAAUCUAGAAAAUGGAAUCGGCGUAUCGCUCCAACCAUUUCCUGUUCCGGCUAUAGUUGUAAUUAACCCCGACAUGGAUCCGAUCAUUACGUACCUUCAACGUACCGGAACUAUAACACUCUAUCCCCCGACUACUGUACUGCCCUCAACCCCAGCUCCAUUCAUGGCAGAGUUUUCAUCCACCGGACCAAAUACCAUCCAAUACAACCUUCUAAAGCCAGAUGUUACAGCUCCAGGGCUGAAUAUACUAGCAGCUUCCACCACACCAAAUACUGAUAACGCAUUCGUGUUCAAGUCUGGAACGUCGUUUGCUUCCCCUCAUGUCGCCGCAGUCCUCGCAUAUCUCAAGGCCUUGCAUCCAUCGUGGAGCAGCGCCGCGAUGAUAUCAGCCAUUAUGACCACCGCAAAGGUCAUCGACACAGAAAACAAUCCUAUAAAGGAUGCAUUCCUAAAGUCUGCAACUCCAUUCAACUAUGGUUCAGGCCACAUUCGACCAUCAAAAGCUGCUGAUCCCGGGCUUAUUUAUGAUAUUACUUACGCCGAAUAUAUUGACUUCGCUUGCGCUUCCACUGGCCAGUCGCUUGAUCCAGAAUACCAAUGUCCCGCCAAACCACCUCCUCCAAGCAAUUUAAACUAUCCGUCACUUGCAAUAGCUAAUGUAGGAUCACAAGGCACCACAGUCCCCAGAAGGGUCAGAAAUGUAGGUGGAGGAAGCCCGACUUAUACUGUAUCGAUCGUGCAGCCGCCUGGUUACAUAGUGAAGAUCUCUCCAGCAACAUUGAACUUCAAUCCAGGCGUCAAGACUCAGAGCUUCACCAUAUCAGUUCAAGCAUCUGCCAGUGCUGCGAGAAACCAGUUUGCAUUUGGAUCUUACACUUGGAGGUCGACUAAUGGAGCUUAUCUUGUAAGAAGCCCAAUCGCCGUGGCGAUCUCCAACAUAAUUAGUGAGACCACUUGUCAGGCGACAAACUUCACGGCCCCAUUUCAUCCUCUGCAGCACAAAGCCAGUCAGUGACCAAGUGGAAAGUGAUUGUCAUAAUAUAAUCUCUAGUAAGAAUGAUGAUUCCACUGUAAUAACCUUGUGUGUUGCUACAAUAAGGUGAUUUUUCACGAGUUAUCCUGAUAUCGACACCGUUAAACUUCUCCACUUCUCCAGAAACAUAGUAAUGCUAAUGAUAAUGUCUCAAUUCUGCA